AUGAAGGUACAUUUCAAUCUGAGGAAACAGAUGAAGCCAAUACUAACUUCAGGGAUGCCAAAAAGACAGGGAGACAUGCUGUACACCCAGUGCAAUGACUUCAUAGUAGAGACCGACAUAAAAACAUCGAGGAUUCUUAGAGAAAUACCGUUUGAGUCCCUCCAAUGCUUUGAUAUUAAGGGUGAUUACAUGGUUGUGUGCUCGAAGGGAAUAGUUGUGUACAACAUUGCACUUGAAUCACAGGAAGAUGUUAUUGCGCUUUCUAAGUCCGAGGUAUGUACUAUGCUUAUUGAUGAGCUAGUGCUUUCUGAUUCAAAGCCAAGUGUUUUUUCCAUUAUAGUUGGAAGGGUCGACGGUUCUGUUUCCAAGAUCGAUCUAAUGAGUAAGACACCUGUAUGGUCGUAUAGAAUGGAAAACAUGAUAACAAAGAUGGCUAAGUUUGGAAGCAUGGUGUGCUCAGCUGACCCGAAUGAGCUGUGGAUCUAUAAAGGAGGCGAGGAUCUUUUGAAGUAUCGUGAGCCGGAUGUUGUGGGAAUAGCAUACGAUGGGCAUCACAUUUGCACUGUUUCUCGAGAAGGAAUCCUAUCCAUCCCAGAGAAGUCCAAGAAAGUAUCGUUGGGUGUGAGAUGUGAUCUGAUGGUUGGGGACGAAAAGCACUUGUAUGUAUGCAAGGGCAGAACAGUCUAUACAUACAGCUAUAACGGGAAGUUUCAGCAGAAGAGAGAUGUUCUUGGGACUGAAAAUGAGGCGUUGCACCUUGCUGUGAAGUCAGGGAAGGUGGAUGCAAGCUUUGAGGAUGAAAGCGAAGAAAACGAAUCUCCAAAUGUAAGGGAACGGCGGGAAAUCUGUGGAGAGAAUAGCGAUGACUGCUAUGAAGAUGAAAGUGGAUCUGAUGAAGGAUUUAAGAAAAGGAAGCACAAUGAUGAUAUGAGGAGCGGUAUGAAGGAAGAAGAAGCUGAGGUAGACGAUGAGAUGGCGAUUGAAGGGAUAUCAAAAGACAUUAUAUUGACCAAUGAGCAGGAAAUACUCUUUGUUGACGAAGAUAUGAGAGUCACUUCGAUUAUUGUUGGAAACAAUGAUGAGAUAACGGAUAUGGGGCAAUGGAAUGAUGUGUUAUUUGUUGCCACUAACAGCGGAAGGUUGAGAUAUACAUUUAUAGAUGAUACUUUGGGCAGCUAUGCGUUUACUGGACACAUUGUUCCUGCCCACAACGAAGCCAUUAUGUCGUUAUCGAUCCACGGAGACUUCCUAAUGACGACUUCAAAAGACAAAAAGGCUAUUUUCUGGAAAAUUGGAUUAAAGGACACAUCUUUGGGGCAGAAAAAAGCAUUGUCUCUGACAAGAAUCAGAACCUUGGAAAAUGGCCUCGGAGGACUCAAUGGAUGUGCCCUUGGAAACACGAUUUUUGUGCUUGCUGGAAGUGACCAGAUUCUUCAGAUAUGGGAUUAUAAGGACAAUGUAUUUAUGGAAAGGGUCCAUGAAAAGGAAAUCAACGGAGUAAAGAUAAACGAGGAGAGAAGGCUUAUUGCAACGUGUUCUCAGGAUAAGAAGGCAAAGGUUUUUGACUUUGAAGGAAGACUCCUUCAUGUACUUUCUGGCCACACAAAGGGUGUGUGGAGCGUAGAUUUUGGUAAAAACCUGAUAGCAACAUGCUCGGCAGACACCACUAUAAAGGUUUGGAAUAUGAAUACCUUUGAGUGUGUUGGAACCCUUACUGGGCACAGAAGUGGUGUGUUGAAGGGAGAGUUCUAUAAGAAUGAUGAAAGAUUUAUAUCAGGGUGUGCAACUGGGGAAAUGAAAGUUUGGAAUGUCAAAAAGAAGAUAUGCGAGAUGAAUAUCGGCGUUCAUAAAGGAAUGGCAUGGUCCCUUAUCAGUGCGCCACUGCUUAUAACUUCUGGAAAUGGCGCGAUUGCCUUCUUUGAAGAUGAUUCCCUAGACGUGGAGGCCAAAAGAAUCGAAAUGAAAAAUGAAAAGGAGAUGCAGGCGAUUGAGCUUGAAAGAUGCCUGAGGAAUAACCUCAAUGUCAAAGCUGUUGAGAUACUCUCCAAAACUGAUGACUACAAACAGCUGUUUAGGACAUUAGUGAAAUGUUACAGAGAUGGAUCCGAUGAAAUCUUCAACAUCUUCGAAGGCAAACAGAAGGUGUUGUUUGACGUCAUUCUGAAGCAGGGGACGUUCAAGAAUUGUGUUGUUAUACAGUGGAUUAUAGAGGAAGGCCUCAAGAGAAAAUGGAAGAUGAGCAAUGAAGUUAUAGACAAGAUCCACAAGAUCACAGAGAAGCACUCUUACUCCAUAGAUUCUAUCUAUUCCACUCUGCUUGGAUUUACGAUUUUUGAAAGAUGA